UAUAUUAUCAUGGCAUUUGAUGGUUCACCUGGUCUUGCUCCACAAUCGGUGUUCCCCUUAUUCUCAUACAAAGCUCUGUAGUGCCUAAGCAUGGAUGAGGUGUUGUUGUUAUAUCCCAGCUCCCUGGCACAUAGCAAACACUUCACCUUGUACAAAAGUAAAGACAGCUUAACAUAUGUUUUAUUGCACCAUCAGUAUUAUGAAAAUACAUUUUCUGUAGAAAUUUACAUACCUUGUUGGGAGGAAUAAAAUCAAAAUGUUCCCACACAGGGGAGGACAUCCUCCUCUUCUUAGCUGGCUCCAUUCUCUCCUGACUUUCUCUCCUCACUCUCAUGAACCUCCAAACUGUCUCUAACUCUCACUAACUGCAACUCUCCAUCAAACACCCACAUUUUUGAAUGAAGUCUGAGGGGUUUAUAUCGCUGUCAUAUCUCGCGGCAAAGUUCGAACCGCUUCAUGAACCAGUCACGUGGUACAGCCGGGCAGCGAGGCUUCGGACGUCAUCAUUUUCAGCUCCUCCCAUAAAUGAAGCAAGCCUCGAUACGCGCUUCGCGGAAACGUCCCCUCCAUUACUCGACACACGCUUCGAAGCCUCGAUACAGAACGUCACAUCACUAGUGUCAACAUCAUGCAUGGACCCUGAGCUAUGCCUUGGAAAAAAAACCAUCAAAAUGUUGCGUUAUUUCACCUUAUUGUUCAUAUUUGGAUGUGUGAGCAAAGUGUUGUGUCUUCAGAGUUCAUGUAGCGCAGAACCUCCAGGCCCGGAAAGAGCGGCGGGCUGCGGUUGUGAUAAGCUGACUAGAGACGCUCCAACUGUGGAUCCCUUGGACGAGGAUGAGGGUAAAGCACCUUCCACAGAUCCUGAUCUCAAAUACUCCAAAGACGCAAAUGACAGGACGAAUCAGGUGCAGGACAAUGAGCGGGAAACACAACAUCCGAUGGUGCAGAUUUCUGGAGGGGAGUUCCUGAUGGGAACAGACAACCCAGGCAUCCCCCCAGACGGUGAGGGACCCCAGAGAGUGGUGUAUGUGGACUCCUUCAACAUAGACAUCCAUGAAGUCACUAACCAACAGUUUCAGAGCUUCGUCCUUGCGACAGGAUAUGUGACUGAGGCAGAGAAAUUUGGAGACUCGUUUGUUUUCGAGGGACUUUUGAGUGAGCCAGUGAAAAGCCAAGUCACUCAAGCAGUGGCCGCUGCCCCUUGGUGGCUUCCAGUCAAAGGAGCCUCCUGGAGGCACCCUGAGGGCCCAGACUCCAACAUCACAGACAGGCUCCAUCAUCCUGUUUUGCAUGUCUCGUGGAAAGAUGCUUUUGCCUACUGCUCCUGGGCUAACAAGAGACUCCCCACAGAAGCAGAGUGGGAGUAUGCCUGCAGGGGUGGCCUGAAAGACAGACUUUAUCCAUGGGGAAACAAGUUGAACCCUAAAGGACAACACUUUGCUAACCUCUGGCAGGGAGACUUCCCCACACACAACUCUGGAGAAGAUGGGCAUAUCAAAACUUCACCGGUGAUGUCCUUUCCUCCCAAUGCUUUUGGUCUGUACGACAUGGUGGGGAAUGCAUGGGAAUGGACAGCAGACUGGUGGACUGUGCAUCACACCACGGACCCGCAACGCAACCCAACGGGGCCUCCCUCAGGCAAAGAUAAAGUGAAGAAGGGAGGGUCAUACAUGUGCCACAAGUCUUACUGUUACAGGUAUCGCUGUGCAGCAAGAAGCCAAAAUACACGGGACAGCUCAGCUUCUAAUCUUGGUUUCCGCUGUGUUUCUCAGGAGAAACGAUAAUCUCACCUGCUUGUCUUAAACACACUUUUACUGAAGCUGCUGCCUAAACCCGUUGUUGACUAUGCAGGAAGGACAUGCAACAUUUUACUGUGAUCUCAUUGCCAAACAUCUGAAUAUGAUGGACGGUAAAUCUUCUCUACUAUGACAUAUGUUCACAGUAUUCUCACUUUUUAUAGUUUUUCAGAUGUUUUUAUAAGAAAUGAAUGAAAAAGCUUUCUCUGGCCACCUUUGAGCACUGGUGGGGAAAAAUAUUAAUAAUUCAAGUUACUGUACAUUUCACUGGAACAGAUUAGUGUGUUUUUUUUCUUGUUGCCAUUAUCAGCUAAAAGCUGGUUGUGCUGAAAGUAAAUCUUAAUGUACAGAAAAUGACUUUGCUGUAAAAUCAUUGUAGAAACUUGUCCUUUUUUUGCUCAAAAGCACUGUUUCAUACAUUUCCAUUAUAAAGUUGUUGUAAUAAAGCAGUAUUUUCCUCUUUAAAAAAAA